AUGUCGGAUUCUAAGAUAUUGAUUUACCUCAUGCGUCGAGACUUACGAGUUGGCGAUAACCCCAUUCUUCAUUCUCUCAUAAAAAAUAAGGAUCAUGGAUUUACACAUCUCCUCCCACUCUAUGUUUUUGCCGCACAACAAAUCGAAGUCUCUGGUUUCAUCACUGAAGAUGGAGGCAAGAAUCCGUACCCAGAGGCCAGAAGUCAAGUCGGCGCAUUCUGGAGAUGUGGCCCUCACCGAGCGAGGUUCCUGGCGCAAAGUGUUUGGGAUCUGAAGGAUGGUUUCGAGAAGAUUGGAAGUGGAUUAUCCAUUCGGGUAGGCAUGGUUGAUGGUGUGGUCCAAGAUUUAAUCGACGGAUUUGAACAAACAGACGGCAGUAAGGUCUCGGCAGUGUGGAUGACUUCCGAAGAAGGAGUGGAAGAAAAACGAGAAGAGUGCUCAACGAAGAAUAUUUGUGAUAAGGCAGGCGUUGAAUUCAAAUUGUUGCAAGAUGAGAAGUAUUUUAUUGAUGAUCGAGAUGUUUCCUUCAAGGACCCAAAAGAUCUUCCCGAUGUCUAUACGACUUAUCGUAAAAGUGUUGAACCUCUUCGCGAAGCGCCACGUCCAGUUUUACCAAAGCCAGAUAAGAAUUCAUUGCCACCAUUUCCUACCGACGUUCCACCUCAGCAUUCUCCCUUCACGAUCCCGACAACGUAUGAAGAGUUGGAAGCAGCACUGCUCAAGCCACUUGAUGCGCAACCUAUGAUCAAAAAUCCUUCCAAGUGCCCCGAAAAUUCCUUGUCGGUACAUCCUUUUACAGGUGGCGAAUCUUAUGCACAGGAACGUCUUGAACACUUGAUCACUUCUGGUUCACUUACCGGUUACAAAUCAAGUCGCAACGGUCUCAUGGGUACUGAUUUCUCCACUAAACUCUCGGCAUACCUCGCUCUGGGCUCAAUCACUUCACGUCAAAUCCAUUCCUCAAUGUCAAUCUUCGAAAAAGGUUCAGAUUCCGACGACCGGUACAAAGGCAUUGAAGGAUACGGAAAGGGCGAGAACGAAGGUACUUAUGGUGUACGAUUUGAGCUCCUUUGGAGAGAUUACAUGCGUCUCUGCACUCGCAAAUUUGGACCCAAGCUCUUUCAACUUAGUGGGUUUAAGGCAGAGGAGAAUUCGCAUUCGAAAUGGAACAAACUAGAUUCACCCAAAGACGGUGUCUCAAAAGAGGAAAUUCAAGAUGCCGUUGAGAGGUUUCUAAACGGCACAACCGGAAUGGGAUUCAUUGAUGCUUCGCAGAGAGAAGUUUAUCAUACGGGAUAUACUAGCAACCGCGCACGUCAGAAUGUCGCCUCUUUCCUCGCUAAACACCUUUACAUCGAUUGGAGAAUCGGCGCAGAGUGGUACGAGUGUGUCUUGGUUGAUUACGAUGUUAGCUCGAAUUGGGGCAAUUGGCAAUAUGUCGCAGGGGUAGGAAAUGAUCCUCGAGGCACCGAUCGAAUCUUCAAUCCUGUCAAGCAAGCUUUCGAUUAUGAUCCCAAGGCUGAAUAUGUUCUGGCUUGGGUUGAUGAGUUACGAGGCGUGGAUGAGUUAGGUCAGAUCUUCCAGGCUUGGACCAUUAACGACGAAGAGAAGAAAGAAGAAUUGGGAAUUGCGGACACGGAUAUGGUGAUGAAGCCUUUGAAGAGAAUUGAUUUCAAGGUCAAUAGAGGUAAGGGUGGGGGAGGUGGAAGAGGCGGCGGCAGAGGUAGACCUCCUUAUAGACCACAUGGUGGAGAUAGAUGGAUGGGUCGAAGACCGAGUCAAGAACCGGGACGAGGUAGCUGGUAUGGUGGAAGAGGUGACCGAGGUUAUCAAACACGGGGAUAUCAAGGCAGAGGACAGAGAGGCAGAGGCGACCGUGGAAGAGAAUUGAGAACCGGAAUGAUGGAUAAGGAAAGAGAGGCCACUACGGACAAUGAGUAA